CUCCUUCUAGGGAAAGGAGGAGAAAAGAUACAUGAAAUAGUUGUUUGACGUGUUGCUUAUUGCAUUACAGGCAAGCAAGCACAUACAGGCUACAGUUAUGAGCACAGGAUAAGAAUCUAUAGAAAUGAAUUGACAAGACAAUUGGCCCUCAAAACAAAGAACUUUCCUUUAUGCCAGACAUGAAAAUGCUGAACAAACAGAAGAUGCCUGGAAUACUUAGGAAUAGAAAAAGUCCAACAUUUUUUCCCAGCCUACCUAGAGAAGCCUUGCUGUCACUUCAUUUGUGAAUAGUAAAGUCUACUCCAGAAUUUAAUGGGAAUCAUUCAGCUGAUUUCAUUGGGCGGUGGAUGGGGCUCUGUGAUAUUUUCUUCAUUCACUCAUGUGGUAGCAUGCCAAUAUUCUUAAUUUCUCUGGAAAAAAUUAAAUUCCUUGGAAUUAUUCUAUAUAGCAGAUGGAAAGUCUUACUUUCCUGGAAAAUAGGCAUUUUUAGUCCCUUGAAGUAAUGUUGAUAUCACACAAAUACUGUGCAAAGAUACCUGGGCUUGGAAGAAGCUAGUUCAGUUGCCGGAAGCUCUGCUACCGUGUUGCUGUCCCUGAGGAAACUAGCUGAGCUGAACAGCAGUGUACAGUAAUCUAAAGAACCUAAAUUGGUUCUUUCUGUAUAUAGCUUAAUUGUAAUUUUAUAUACCAGUAACACUGACUGGUGUGAAUAUUGCACACUACAUUCUGGUCAUGGUAGCAUUCUUAUUGGUGACUGAAGCAUCUUUACUAAAUUAAUUUUUAAAACCUCACACAUUGGGAUUGUUUGGCUUCCCAGAGGGUUACCAAAAUCACACAAGUAACUUUCAAAAGUCACAAGGACGUAGCAAAGCAUACAAACUCAGAAAACAUGUACUCCACAGUUGUUGGUCCUAUUGUUGAUCUGUAACACAAACAGAUUUUUUCCUUCUAAAUUCUAAAAUUCUUGGUCCCUUUAUUUAUGUAGCAACAUAAGCUCUGUUUAUGUAACCCGGGUUUACCAGAGUGUGUACUCCCCUCUCCAACAGAAGGGGAGGGUCAGCAGGGCAUACAUGCUGGAGAUGGAAACUGCAGCUUACUCAUAGCUUCCCCUUACCGGUGUCUCUGUAGAGGAAGACCAGGUCACAAUAUCUUAACUAUGUACAUGGCUUAUUCAGGUGCAGAAUAAAAGGGGAGGGAAUAGAAUAAACUGAAUAGGUGAUAAAGAUAAAUAUUUACAUAUAAUAUAUUCAAGUCAGCAAAUAACAAAACAGCAGUCCCUAAGACUCAUGAAAGAUACCUCACCCAUGGAUCCCCAGAGGGAAAGUAUGUCCCAACAAUUGAUGGGUAAGCACCCCAAAAUAUAAAGCACAAUAAACAGUUAAUAAACGUUCCAAAAUAUAAGAUGCAGCAAGCAAUUAAUAAACACUCCAAAAUCCCAAAUACCGCCCCCCACACCCCCUUCUAGAGGAGUCUCUCUCUCUCUCUAGCAUAAACCCCCUCUGAUGGGGCUAUCCACUGUGUCCCUGUGUCCCUCCCUGGUGGGAAACCCCUUGCCCAAGAACUCACGCUUCCCAGCGAGUAGGGUCCAGCAAGGGUUCCCGGUGUUUUGUCCACAGCUAAGCAAGUGGCUCCUGUGCGGGCCGGGAGCGGUCCGAGGCUUUCGGGGGCGCGCAGAGGGCUGUGGCCAGCAGCCCUGACACGUGGGUCGGGGAAAGCAGGCACGACGAACUAGAAUUAGGCACGGACACGUAGCGGUUGAUUAAAGAUUAUUUUACUUACACCGUAGAUGGUCACGGUGCAGGCAGAAGAAAACUUUGCUUAAGUUGCAGUUACAAAACUUGUACAAACAAGACCCGUAGAAAACUCGAGCCUCUUGAAAUAACUCGGGCAGAGCUCUGGAUACACACACACAAAGCUUGUUAGGCUCCGUGGACUGAGUGUGCAGGGAAGGGGUUCGUCGAGGGAUAGCGUUUCGGUGACGGGGAGAGGCUAGAGGUUGAUCAGGCCUCUAUAUCCUUCUUGCUGGGUUCGUUAGGCUCCGCAGCGCUUAGAGUUCUUCACGAGAUGGAUGUGAAGUCCUCCUCCUCCAACAUGGGUGGAAACCGCUCAAGCGUCUUAUAUGGCUAGCAGGCCAAUCACUAGCCGCCACGUGGGAAUAAUUUAGAAACAGUCAAUAGUGGGACACAAAUUUGCAUGCGAGUGGCGGGAACUCCUUUGCACCGGGGUUUUCUCCAUGCAACUGAGAAUUGCACCAUGCAAAGAAAGCUCCUCGUGGCGGGAAAUAAUUCUGCAGUGCCGAAGCACACACAAAAUCAUACCCUUGGGUUAUGACAGCUCCUACAGUGGGUGCUCUGUCUCAGUCCCCGCAUUGGGUGCAUGGCUUGUUCACACAUCUGGAUAGCUUGGCCUUCUCAGCAGGCUGCCUCAUGCAUGCCCAGGGCUGGGGCUCCAGUACAGGCCUACCGCACUGUGGAGCCUGUGCAGCCCACAGGCCCUCGCACCUGGCAGCAGGGAAUGUGGCCUGAAUUGCCCCUGCCCUUUCCAAGGGCCCUUGGCCUGACAGCGGCUCACCAUGCAGCAGCGUCUGCACCAGUGCUGGCCUCAUGCUGGGGUUGGAAACCCAAGCCACCUCGAGCAGCUCCCAAGGUCCAGGUCCCUCUCAGACCCUCUGUUUAGUGAUGCCUGCACCAUUCAGCCUUGUGCCUGCAUUGGAGACCUGAACCACCUCGAGUGGCUCCCAAGGUCCCAGUCCCUAGAAGACCCUCUGUGCAGUGAUGCCUGCCAGCUCACUGUGCUGUCUCAUGAUGAUGGUUUGGGGACGCAGCUGCCUGCCACUUCUGUCCAACAGUGGAGUCUUUUGGCUCUUCAGGGUAACUGGAAACACCUCCUGGGUAGCUCUUUCCCAGCUCUUCCUCAGCCCCGGCUUUUUCUUUCUUCUCCAUCCUCCUCAUUUCCUCUGCAUGCUGUGCACUCAGCUCCUUAUAUAUCCUUUUGGGGCUCUGCCCCAAGAUUGAAGACUGGCCAAUCAGGGGGAGGUGAAGCACAGUCUUCAAUUAGGUCCGCUCCUUGCCUUGCCCCAAUGUAGUGGCAGGGCAGAGUCCUCCCAAUGCUCCUCCCCUGCUGGUCUCUGAUUGGUGGGUUUGCCCCACCAAUUGCUUUGGCAAUCUCUAAGCCCAAGGAACCGGGCAAAGAUAGGCAAGCCCACCACAUUUAUAUUAACUGAUGGUAUAUUUAUGAGGCAACCAGAAUAUAAUCAUGACAGCAUGGACCAAAAUAUAACUAUAUGAAAAUAUAUAGUUCCUUGGGUUGUAUGAUAGUUACUUUUUUAGAGGAUAAAAUAUACAUUAUCAGAAACAGUUCAAAUAUUAUUAGGAAAAAUGUCUUCUAUAUAUCUUUCUAUUAAUGUUUAAAUAUUUUAGUAUUUCAGGUUAUUUUAUUUUUUUGUUUCCCCUUUGUACUGUAUUGUAUUGCAGUUUCCCCUUUGUAUUCCCUUUAGUCCUUUUAAAUUAGUGUUUUUCUCAACAGUUCUAGACUCAAGGUACCACUUGUUAGACUCAAGGCACCCUGGAGAAAAUGCCACCUCUUAGUUUCCAUUCAUUUUUUUACUAUGGAAAAAUAAUGCAGCAAUUCUACUAUUGCAAAGAACUCAGAAAAACCACAACAGGUCAGAAUGUUAUUGAUAAUAUGGAUAUCUAUUUGAAAUCUCUGGGUUUAUCUUGUGAAUCGUGUGUAGGUGCCUGCACACCUGUCAGUGCUAAUACUGCACAGAACCAACCCUUCAAAAGAUUUUACAGCAUCAAGGGUGCUGUGGUACCCCAGUUGACAAUCACUGCAUGUGUCUAUAUGUUCAUUAAUGUGCUUUUGCUACUGAGCAUUAAAUUUAGUACCUCUAAUGUGAGGUACUAACCAAAUACGCGUUAUGCUACUCUAAUGCUCAGUAGUGAAAGCACUUGCUUUUUAAGUGAUGCUUAAUGCUCAGUAGCCUAAUUUUACUGUUCAUUAGUGCAUUAGCACGGUUUUUGCUGUAACACACUAAUGCACAGUAAAAUAGGCUACUGCACAUUGAAGCACAUGUGUAGCUUCAAACCCACUGUUCUCAAUAGUUGAUAUUGUUUAUGUAUAUUUAACUCUCAAAGCAUUUCAUAUACCUAGUACUUCUGAGCUGGCUUAAGAAUAACAAGAUAUAAACUGGCCGUGAGCAAAUAUAGGCUAGAAAGUAGCUUUCUAUUUAAUCAGAGAAGACUCUGAAACAGUCUUUCAGUGAGAAUAGCAAGGGCAAAAAGAGUUAACUAAGGGUUAAGCUGGAACUUGACAAGUUUAUGAAAGGAUGAUAUGAUGUAGUCACCUGUAAUAAGGAGAUCCCAAGAGAUCUCUUCCAAUCUUUUAUUCUUGUAUUCCUGCAAAAUAAUAUGUUUGAUGCUUUCAUGCUAGGAAAGACUUUACAAAUAAUCUCUCUCUUGUUAUCACAUUCUGUAGAACAUGCUGCAGUUAUUUAUAUAUGUGUAACUACCAGCUGUCUUUUCUCACAUUCUUCCUGCCCUCCCCUCUCCCUCCCCACAAAAAAAAACCCCAUCACACUGAUUAGACACCAAACAAGGAAGGGGCUAUAAUCACUUGCAACUAAUUCUUUCCAAAAGAAGAACAAUUAGAGUAUAUCAAAAUCAUGAAGAACCAACUGAUAGGAUUUCUUUUUUGCUUCUGGAUUGCUCUUUCACAGCCUUUUUAUUUUCACUCUGGGGAAAGAGAGGAGAAAUGUAUAAUAGAAGACAUUCCAAGUGAAACCUUGGUAAUUGGGAGUUACAUGGUACAAAAAUGGGAUAUAAAUGAACAAACAUUUCUUGAAUCUGCUCCUGGCUUGGGAAUGUAUGUGACCAUCACAACUCCUACUGAGGAGGUAUUGCUGUCAAAACUGUAUGGACCACAGGGAAGAUUCUCCUUUACAUCCCAUAUAUCUGGAGAGCAUAGUAUUUGUUUGCAGUCUAACUCCACAAGGCUUAUUUCCUUUGGUGGAAGUAAACUGCGUAUCCAUUUGGACAUUAGAGUUGGAGAGCAUCUUAUUGAUGAAGUCAUUGCUCAAGCCAAGGACAAAGUUAAUGAAGCUAACUUUAGAGUUGAACAUCUAAUUGAGCAAAUUCAUCACAUAUCCAAAGAACAAAACUAUCAGAGGCAACGUGAAGAAUACUUUCGACUGACAAGUGAACAAACCAACAGCAAUAUUCUGUGGUGGGCUUUUGUACAGACAUUAAUCCUUAUCUUGGUUGGCAUUUGGCAAAUCAAAUGUCUUAAAGAUUUCUUUAUAGCUAAAAAGCUUGUUUAAAAUAAAUAUAAGAAACAGUCCCACAUCUACAUUAUACAACACACAGGGGAAAAUAGCUAAAUUAAUCAAACACUAAAUAAAAAAAACCAUGCAGAUAUCUGAUAUUUUUAUACCUUCAUUUUUACAAUAUUUCACGGUGUGUAAGUCAGGUUUUGAAGGUCAAUUUUUGUGUAUGAAAAAUCAAACUCAACUUAUACACCAUUCUGACACUGUUUGCAGUGGAUGCGGCCACGCCAGCCAAGUGCUGAGUCUGGCCCCAUCCCCUGUGAACAUUGAUGAGCACAGUGUUGCUCACAGGGGACAGGGAAGGGGACGGGGACAGGGCUGGGUUCAGUACUCAACUGGAGUAGCCCUAUCCCCUGCAAGCAGUGCUGCCAGUCCAGCACCAAGCCUGUCCCUGUCCCCAUCCCCUGUGAAUGGCACUGAGCUCGGCGCUACUUACAGGGGUUGGGGAAGAAGGCAGAGAUGGGAAUGGCGAUAGGGAUGGGCUCAGCUGGGCUCAGCUGGUGUGGCCCCAUCCUUUGUGAGCGGCACUGGCAGCACUACUCGCAGGGGAUGGGGCUGCAGCAGCUGAGCCUGGCCCCAAGUUGUAUACCACGCCUAUGAAAAUCUUUACCUUUCCAAUUGGAAAGCUGUGGGUCAACCUAUACACCAUGUCACCUGAUAUACCGUGAAAUAUGGUACAUAAAGAGCUGAUAUUAAACAAUUUUCUGAUUGGCAAAAUCACAUUCUCUGAUAAGAAAAACAGUAAAAUAAAACUUAGUAAGUGGAUAAACUGUCCGUGGUCAGGGGAAGAAUUAGCAAUAUACAGGCAGUCCUCGACUUACGUCGUUCUGACUUGUGGCGAUCUGCACUUGCAAUGCGCUGACAUUUAUGCCCACAUUAUUACUUAUGGCUCUGGAUCCUCAUGCUUACGGCACUGUACGUCAGUCUGCUUCUUCAUGUGCUCCAGCAUGCUCCUACUUCCAUAAGUUUCUGGUAUUCUUCUAAGUUGUAUUCUUUGAUCUAUUCUGAUGUGCUUAGUGCUUGGUGAUUAGUGCUUAGUGCUUAGUUAUAUUCAGUCUGCUUCCUGAUGUGCUUAGUGCUUAGUUAUAUACAGUAUUCAGUAUUUCAGUAUAUUCAGUAUCCAGUCCACCCUGGUGAAGGUGUUCCUUCACCUUCUGAUUAAAUAAAAUUAAAUAGUUGAUUUAAA